AACAAUUAAAAUACCUAUUUUAAGACACCAGUCGUUAAUCUCGCUCCACGUUCGCAGUUCCCCAAGGAAAAACAGUCACUAGAGUUAGGUGGGCUCUGCGUGUUGAACCUACGACUAUGGCAGCGACUCUCCUUCUGUUGACUCUGCUAACGGCAACAACAGGGAUUUUUGGAUCACCUGUUAAACCUGUUCCAAAAGAGCUGCUUGACAUCAUCCUCGAGUGGGCGCCCCUGAUAUGGCUCCACCCAGAGGAGGUAUUCUUCCCGUCCAGCGUGGAAUUUCACUUCGAAAACGUUGAGGUCCGCGCAGCCAACGAGAGCGUGGUCCAGGCCUCGCCAGACCGCUGGAGUGUGGUGACCGGACCGGAAACCAGUUCGAUGCACUUGAAUUCGGUUCCUGAUCUUGACUGUGCGGACUGUCUCUUGGACUGGUUUGCGGGCCAGAACGUGAGUGAAAUGACUGUCCCUACUUACGUCUUCAUUAAGGACUAUCAUGACGCUUGCGGCACCGUGGACGUCGCAUACCGCAGCUUCUACCCGUACAACUUCGGGAAAGAUGUGUGCGUGGGUGUUCCCGUCGGUGACUUGUGUGAGGGUUACAUGCAGUCCUUUGGGAACCACGUAGGCGACUGGGAGCAUUUCUCGAUAAGGAUAAGGGACAACAAAGUAGUGGAAUGCUAUAUCGCAGUCCAUUCCUUCGGCGCCUGGUAUAGCUGGAACGAAACGACUAACAAUUUCCAAUUUACACACGGUGAGGACAGUCGCAUCGAUGUCAUAGACGUAACUUACCCAAUGACCGUCGAAGUGGUGGAGGGGCGUCACGCGGAGGUGUUCAGUGCCAACGGCUCCCACGGGCUCUGGUCCGAAGCAGGGACUCACGAGUACGUGCACUUCCCCAUCCACCUCAAGGAUCAGACUGACCGUGGCUAUGCAUGGAGGACGUGGGACAGCCUUGAGAUCGUCGAGUAUGACUCCGAUGUUAUCUACGAAGGUGAACUGCACUACCUUGGUUACCGCGGCCGUUGGGGCAACCAGAAGCGGGGCUGCGAAGUGGAAGUGGUCUCCGGCGAGUGCAUCCUGGUCGGGGGCCCCGGUUACUGGCAGCAGGGACCCGGGGACUUCCCUGAGGGCGACUGCAGCGCCUGAGGAAGGACACUAGUGGCGUUUGGAAUCUUCGGACGACACGGGAAUAAAAUUUUGUUAUAGAUAAUUGAAGUAAAUGGAAAUAAAAUAUGAUAAAGAAGAUAA